AUGGGGGCUGGGGCAAUCACCCCCAAGCCCGCGGCCGCCAAGCUGCUCAGAGCCCCAGUGAGCUUCCGGGAAAAGCCAGUUCCACCCGCGUCUCCCUCGCUGCUGCUUUGGCUCCAGCCCCCUCCCUCUCCCCGCCCCCAUCAAGGCUCCUCCUCAGACGUGCUCAGCUUCGGGUCCCAGCGCACAAAGCCAAAGCCCUCCCGCCCAUGCUCAGUCUGCGCAGGCGCAGAGACACGCGAGAAGAACAUGUGUUCGAAUCCCGGCUCCCCCUGCGCGCUGGCGGCACGACCUGUGCUCAUUUCAUUGUCUCCCUGA